CACAUUGACCACCUCAGGAUCAUCAUUCGGACACAGACGCAGACACCUUGAGAGAGAGCAAACUUGAACCACCACCUAUUCGACUUCCUUGCCCUGCGCCCACAACUGAAGAACAUCCAUACACUCACCCCUAAUACUCCCACAAAUCACAGAUCUUCACAAGAAGAAAUCCCCAGCCUCUCUCUUUCUCAGCUCUAGAGCUCACUCUCUGCGACAAUACAUAGCUAUCCCGCCUACACAGAACCAGACACACGAAGAACCUGCCCAGAUCUGCGCCUGUCGACACGUUCUCUUCCUGACUUUAAUCGCUCAGUUUAACUGAUCCUGGCCACCUUGUCAAGAUUCAACUUCUUCCGCUCCAGAAACGCUCGGCAGUUAGUUGACAUGACCACAGCACUAGCUGUCACCCCGCAUUACGCUUGAACCUUGGCCGCAAUAUGAAGCAUCUCGAACACUAUCAAUCACGAUUCCCAAAGUUCAUAAAUAGAUAGCAUUACCCCGCAGGCAGGAGUUGCAUUUGGCUCGUCUGCCUGAGAAACAGUUACAAGGCGCGCAUACACGCCAGCGCUUCUCUUUCCCCGAAAGAAAUAUAAAAGGACCCGGUUGUCUCAUAUUCCAAGAGAAUCUUCAGCCAUGGCGGGCCGACCAACCAUGUCCAUGGAGGCGGCUCUGGAUGAGGAGAGAUUGGACGUCUUGGAGCUCCUGCAAGGGCUAUCGAAUAAACCCGCACGAGCGCCCAGAGGACCUGGUAGCCCUAUGGGACCAGGACCAGCACCCCUCGGCCGGUCAUCGUCGCCAUAUAAUGCUCACCGUUCGCCGGUGAGGAGCAUGCUAGACGUAGUGGAAGACCCCAGGCCGCGACAUUCAUCCAUAGCAGGCACGAGUAGUAGCGGGGUCACACCAAUUCGCAGCAUGCUCGAUAUUGGGCCCCCCGCACCCCAAAUCUCCAAGAGUGCAAGUACCUCUCCGACGGAUAGCUUCUCUUCACUCACUCUACCCCCAAAGGGGCUUGCGGAGAUCCCGCCGCACCAGCCCCAAGGCCGAUACAAGGGCGAUGUCACGGAUAGCUACCAGUUUUCGGGUUAUCUGCAGAGCAACCCAGGCGCGCCGCUAGCCCCAAGAAGAAAUACAUUGGCUGGCAAGAAGGCGGCGCCUGCUCCCUUGGCUGAGGGUGUACGGGUCGACUUACCAUACAGUGCCAGGGAUAGAGUGCAUGCUAUGGGUACAACAGGCAUUGGGUCAAGCAACAAGUCUAGAUCACCACAUAACCGCCACAGCUUGCGCUCAAGUUCCCCUUCUCUUGGACCUCCUCCAACAUCGAACAUGCUGGUAAUGGACAGCGGUGCAGUUGUUGAUAAGGACAGCGCGUAUAGACGCUUAUCUGAUGCCAACUUGGCUCGCGCGGGUGGAAGCUUCUCGGCCUUUACAAACAAGGUCCGAAGAAGAACAGAUAGCAAUGAUAAGAGGGACCAGCGACUGCAGAAAGAUUAUACAUUUACUGGCGCUGAAGAUGCCGUCGAAAGCAGCGACGAGGCUAGCACAGACGAAGACGGUCCAAGGGGCAGGAGGAGUGAGAAAAAACGACUUAGUAAAGGCGACGAUCAUCCUGAAUCCAAGACUAUAGGUAUGGGUCGAGCACAGGGGCAAAGGACUGCUCGGAGUCUAAUGGCUGCAGCGGAAGAAGAAAGGCAGAUGAUCGAAGACAAGCAACAAUACAAAGUCAGAUCACUUCUAGAGCCAGAGAUCACCAUUACGGGGCCAGGUGGUGAUCGACUCAAGGGUGCAGCGAAGCCAGGAGUUCAUCCAACGAACGCGUUUGAUCAUGAAGGCGGCUCAGGGCUAAACACCCCUCAUGAUUCCGAUACGGAACAGGAAAUCUCUGACAUAAGGCGUGCUCAGAGGCUGGCGAUAAAUCUCACUCCUAUCACAUCAACACCAGAGACACAGAGAAGCGUUAGGACUCUAUUCCGUGGUGAUUUUAAUCAGAUGCAAAAGGAAGCCGAGGAGCAUCAGCGACGCGUGAGGAAAUACUUGGUCGCGACCGAUCUUUCGGAGGAAGCCGCCCACGCUCUCGAGUGGACAGUAGGGACUGUUCUGCGUGAUGGAGAUACUCUCCUCGCCAUUUAUUGCGUGGAUGAGGAGACAGGCGUCAUCCCUGACACUAACAUCGGGUCAACCGAUACAGCGACAAUGGAGAAACAAGCUGCCUCCAUUGCGUCCGCGACCCACGCUAUCCCCCCAAGCAUUUCGAGCUUCUCUACUAUGUCUUCUCACUCUCACAUCCCAUCUCCACUGGGUACGCCGCGGACUGGCGUGUCUGCCUCACCUAUGAGCCGCGAUCGACCUCGCACUGAGCAGGAGCGCCACCGCGCUGUCGAGAAUAUCACAGAGCGAGUUUCGAAGCUGUUACGGAAGACGAAGCUGCAAGUACGCGUUGUUAUUGAGGUUAUCCAUUGCAAGAGUCCGAAGCAUUUGAUUUGUGAAGUGAUUGAUUAUUUCAACCCGACAUUGGUUAUUCUGGGAAGCAGGGGCAGAAGUGCGCUUAAAGGUGUCAUUCUGGGAUCUUUCUCAAACUAUCUUGUCACGAAAUCUUCUGUGCCUGUCAUGGUCGCUCGGAAACGCCUUCGGAAACAUACCAAGUAUAAACGGUCUCACGUACGGCUUGCAAACAACCUUACUGGUGUCAGUGGCAAGACGUUGGCAAGUGCAAAGAUUGAUUGAGGUAUCGGUUUUAAGAGCCCGAAUUGGAUAACCUGAUGGCCGGCAGAAACGAAUGAGAAGCUUCGCGCGGAGUAUCGAUACUUGCUGUCUACACGCAUGUGUCCUGAUAGCUAACGGGGACGCGGGUGGGUGGCAAUCUUUGGGAGGCUACAUUGCACAAAGCCCUAACAUGAGGUGCUCGGCCAAUUAUAAUAAUAUUGAUCAAAGUACUCUCUCUCUAUUCUGAAUUUCACGGAAAUUGUAAUGGUGGCACGCAAACAAGCCUUUAAUGAGGACACUUUAAACGUGGCUACUUACUCGUAUCGGCAAACCUGUUCCUGCACCAGCUCUGGCCCCAGUUGGUACCCGUACAGCCUAGCCCUUGAUACAUGCUGAUGCAGCAGCGGGUGGUGGGGUUCGUCUCGGAGUUGUCGGAGUACCACCGCACGGAGGAGAUCUUGUUGUUCAAGCUGCCGACGCUGUGGCAGGCGGAGCCGGUGCCGCCGGGGCCGCUGGCGGUGAUGGAG